AUGAAAGCUCUUGAGAAAAAUCAGACUUGGACAUUGGAGACUAUACUACGAGGAAAAAAGACUAUCAGAUGUAGAUGGGUGUUUACUAUAAAACACAAUGCAUAUGGAUCUAUCGAGCGGUACAAGGCAAGACUUGUGGCAAAAGGGUACACACAGACCUAUGGUAUAGACUAUGAAGAAACAUUUGCUCCAAUUGCAAAGUUAAACACCGUCAGAGUCUUAUUGUCCCUUGUAGCUAAUUUGGAUUGGCAACAACACCAGUUUGAUGUAAGGAAUGCUUUUCUACAUGGCGAAUUCACGGAGGAGGUGUACAUGGAUAUCCCUCCUGGAUAUAAUACUACUCAGACUGAAACAGUUUGUAGGUUAUGA